GUCGACACGGUACAGUACAUCAUCGAGACAGUCGUUGACCAGCUUUCGGACAAUCCUGACCGCAAGUUCAUUCAGGUCGAGCAGGGUUUUUUCUAUCGUUGGUGGGAGCGUCAGAACGAACCAAUGCGGGACAAAGUACGGAAGCUGGUGGCUUCUGGUCAAUUGGAGUUCAUCAACGGCGGGUGGGUGAUGCAUGACGAGGCGUGCACACACUACACGGACAUGGUGCAUCAGAUGGCCAUGGGGCACCGCUUCCUCAUGGCGCACUUCAACAUCACCCCGCGCAUCGCCUGGCAGAUCGACCCCUUCGGCCACUCCGCCACCCAAGCCAGCCUCAUCACCGCCCAGGCGGGGCUAGAAGCGGUGUUCAUGGGGAGGGUGGACCAGCAGGAGAAGGAGACUCGUUUGGCCUCCAGGACAAUGGAGUUUGUGUGGCGCGCCGAGGGGGCAAGACAGAGCGACAACCAGGUGCUGGGAAUGGUCUCCUAUGACGGCUACUACUCGCCCUCGCAGUUCCGCUACCAGGACUCAGAUGAUCCUACCUACCGCAUUCAGGACAAUCCCUAUGGGGGGUCGCCCAACGUGCAGCGCCUAGUGGACGAGUUUGUUGCAGAAGUGACCAAGAGAGCGGAGGGCUUCAAGACGAACCACCUGCUGUUCCCCAUGGGCGAGGACUUUGCGUUUGACCGAGCCAUCUCGUGGUUCAAGAACAUGGAUAAGCUCAUUCACUACGUCAACCUGGACGGGAGGGUGAACGCGCUCUAUUCCACGCCAUCCAUGUAUCUGGACGCACUUCAUUCCACCAAUGCCACGUGGCCUCUCAAGACUGGUGACAUGUUCCCCUAUCAGGACGAUGGGCCCUACUGGUCGGGCUACUUCAGCAGCCGCCCAUCCCUGAAGCUCCUCGCGCGCUCCUGCAGCGCGCUGCUGCUGGCCACCACAGCAGCAGAGGCAGCAGUGGGGAAGGAAGUGCUACAGGCGUGGGGCAUUGCGACCGGGCGCAUGGUGGUACUGGAACACCUUGUGCUGGACCCGCACAUGGGGGAGAGGACCAGAGACAGCCAGGAGGAGCAGAAGCAGGCGGAUGGGGGGGAGAGUGCGAGAGGGGUGGAGGGGAUGAGGGUGGGGUGGGAGGGCGAGAGGCGGGUGCGAGUGGCGAGCUCGUUCCGGCUGGAGGAGGCGGUGGCAGUGGUGCAACACCAUGACGGCAUCACGGGGACGGCACAGCAGCACGUUACUGAUGACUACUCUGCCCGGCUGCACCGCGCGGCUGAGGAGGUGAGCAUUCUUAAAGGGCUUGGGAAGAUGCUGCUCCUAGACUGCUCCUGUGAGUGCAUGGCAUGUGGGUUGGAGGAGGCAGUGGCAGUGGUGCAACACCAUGAUGGCAUCACGGGCACGGCACAGCAGCAUGUUACUGAUGACUACUCUGCCCGGAUGCAUCGACCUGCCAUGGGCCGUGCUGACAGCAGCACUGGCGCACCUCAUCAUGCGAGGCACCAUCCCCCCAUCUCCAGACACUCCACACACCCCACCAUCCCCAUCCGUUUCCCCUGCCAACCUAUCCUGCCCGUGCAGGCAUCAGCGGUGCUCACAGCAGCACUGGCGCACCUCAUUACCCGAGGCUCCAUUCCCCCGUUCCCAUCCGUACCUCCAUCCAACCUGUCCUCCAACCUCUCCUCCAACCUCUCCUCGCAAGCAGGUGUGGAGUUCACGUUCAGGGAGGACCCUGAAUUGCAGCGCGGGUGGGGGUUCUGGAACCACGUGGUCCAGACGGCCGCUCUUAAUCUCCCUCCCAACCUCCCAUUCCGCAUCCGACCCACUGCCCGUGCAGGCAUCAGCCGUGCUGACAGCAGCACUGGCGCACCUCAUCAUGCGAGGCACCAUGCCCCCAUCCCCAUCUGUACCUCCAUCUCCGUCCAACCUCUCCUCCAACCUCUCCUCCAACCUCUCCUCGCGGGCAGCUGUGGAGUUCACGUUCAAGGGGGACACCGACUUGCAGCACGGGUGGGGGUUCUGGACCUAGACAGUCCAGACGGUCCAUUGGUCCUGACAGCCGUUCGCAAUCUCCCAACCUCCCAUUCCCCACCCCACCCACUGCCCGUGCAGGCAUCAGCCGUGCUCACAGCAGCACUGGCGCACCUCAUCAUGCGAGGCACCAUGCCCCCAUCCCCAUCUGUACCUCCAUCUCCGUCCAACCUCUCCUCCAACCUCUCCUCCAACCUCUCCUCGCGGGCAGCUGCAUCAGCCGUGCUCACAGCAGCACUGGCGCACCUCAUCAUGCGAGGCACCAUCCCCCAAUCCCCAUCCGUACCCCCUCCAUCCAACCUCUCCUCCCGGGCAGCAGCUGUGGAGUUCACGUUCAAGGAGGACUCCGAAGGGCAGCGCGGGUGGGGGUUCUGGGACCAGGCAGCAGACGGAGCAGAUGAGGAGGAUGAGGGGGAUGAGGGGGAUGAGGACGAUGAGGAGGGUAAGGCAGGCAAAUUAGACAAGAUGAAUGCGUUAUUAUAUGAGGCAGACAGAGCAGGUGCGGCGGAUGACGAAGAUGAGGGGGAUGAGGAGGCAGGUGAGGGAGAUGGUGGGAAGCAUGCAGCAAGGUCCCGUGUGAAGAGAGUGCCUCAUGUGACGGACGAGACAAUCUUUGAGUCGACGAUAAAAAAGUCCCGGGCGAAGAGAGUCCCUGACAAGGAGGAGGAGGAGACAACAAGCGACCCCAUCGAGGUGUUUGACCCACAGGCGUUGCACCCAGCUGAUCCUCUAGCGGUCCAGCACGGUGCGGCUGGUCCUGGAGUGGUUCAGAGUGGUGCUGCUGGGAAGGUGACUGGGUCUGAUGGAGCCAAUGCAACCUCUGCUGGUGACGGCACACGGCCUGAUGAGAGGAGAGGGCAGGAGGUGGUGGUGGAACAAGGCAGCAGGGGGAGGAGAAGGAGGCGGGUGAAGCAGGGUGAGGGUGCCAAAGCAGAGGGUGGGGAGCAGCAGCUGCCUUCACUGGACCUGAAAAUGUGCCCUCUUCUCAACAUCUCCUACUGCCCUCCAUCCGAAACACCCCUGCAGCCAGAUCAGACCCUGGUGGUGGUGGCCUUCAACCCUCUCGCAUGGUCCCGCUCUGGAGUGAUUCGAUUCCCGGUGUCGUCCCCUAAUCUCCAAGUCACAGACGCCUCUGGCGCCCCCAUCCCCUCUCAAAUACUCCAAGAGACCCUCCUCUCCCCCUCCACCCGCUCCACCUACAUUGCUGCUUACACUGGCGUGGGGGGCAUAGUAGGAGAGGUGGAGGGGGAGGAGGAAGGGGAGGAAGGGGAGGAAGGGGAGGAAGGGGGGAAGGGAUUGGAGAAGGGAAGGUAUGAGGGGGAGGAAGGGGAGGAGGAGGGAGGGGAGGGGGAGGAGGAGGAGGAGUGGAAGGAUUAUGGUGAUGGGCAAGGGCCGCAGCCGAGCCAUAAGCAGAAAAUGAAGCAUCAGGGAAGGCAGACUAAGGAGAAGAUGGGGGGAGAGCAGAAGGAGGGGGGGCAGGAGGGGGAGCAGAAGGAGGGGGAGCAGAAGGAGGGAGAGCAGAAGGAGGGGGAGCAGAAGGAGGGGGAGCAGAAGGAGGGAGAGCAGAAGGAGGGAGAGCAGAAGGAGGGGGAGCAGCGGGAAGGAGAGCAGAAGGAGGGGGGGCAGGAGCAGCAGCAGCAGCAGCAGCAGGCAGUGCUGUCGCUUGUGUUCAGGGCGGAGGUGCCUCCUCUUGGAUACGCCACCUUCUUUGUCUCGCCUGCAAGCCAAGGUACAGCACCUAGCAGCUAUGCGGCAGGGGCAGGCGAGAAGCAACCCGGCAAGGCGGGGAGGGGGAGGAAGACGAGAGGGCGGAGGAUGGUGGUGCGCGGUGGAGAGGAGGGAGGGAUGGACGGUGGAGAAAGGAGAGGGAGGGAGGCAGGGAGCAGGGGGAGAGGUAGCAGGAGAGGUUUGCAGGGCGGUGGGGGAAUGAAGGAGGGUAGGAGGAUGGGUAGGGGAGAAGGAGGUGCAGGGGUAGGGGGAGGGAGCGGGCUGGAAGGGGGUGAUACUGUUACGCUUGGAGGGUGGCAAGGUGUGGGGGACAUUCGUGGUAGUGGUGCUGCUGGUGCUGACAGGGGCGGUGGGGAGCGGGCGGCGUUGCGUGUCUCGUUCUCCAAGUCAGCGGUGGGCAUGCAGCGGGUGGAGCUGGUCUCUCGGAGUGCGAAUGGCACGGAGGAGAUUGUGCGCAUGGGCAUGGCAGUGAGCGCGAGCAUGAUGGAGUAUGCCACCUUCGCUGGCGGGGCGUACAUCUUCCAACCCUCCAAGCCAGCCGCGCCCAUCACCACCACUAACGCUACCUCCCAGGUACCCAUUCACAUCCAGCGUGGACCAAUCGUGGAGGAGUACAGCCGCCAAAUCACUCCAUGGAUCUCUGAGGUCUUCAGAGUGUAUCCAGGACAGGACUACGCUGAGCUGCACUAUUCCGUGGGUCCCCUGCCUGCCAAGCAUCCCAACCACGAGGUGGUGACUCGCUUCACAGCGCCCAUCAACAGCGGCAGGACCUUCAACUCCGACUCCAAUGGCCGCAGCUACCUCAAGCGGGUGGUAGACCACCGGUCUGAUUGGAGCCUCAACGUCACCGACCCCAUCGCAGGGAACUACUAUCCGCUUACGGUUGGCGCAUUCAUAAAAGACAAAGCAGCCCAGUUGUCGGUGCUUGUGGAUCGGGCGGCAGGUGCUGCCAGCCUGGCAUCUGGCCAGAUAGAGGUCAUGCUUCACAGAAAGCUGAGUUCGCUGGAUGGCAAAGGGGUGGGGGAACCGCUACAGGAGAGCAUCACGCUGGGAGAGAAGACGCGCUUCCUCACGGUUGUGGGCUCGCUGCGCUUUGGACUGCAUCCCAGCACAGACUCAGAAGAAAGCACAGGAGAGAAGCAAGGAGGGGAGCAAGGGGAGGAGCGUCUGGGGUUGGGGCGCGGGAGCGAGUGGAGGAGGCAGCAUGCACAGCGCCUCUUAACCCCUCUGCAGCUCGCCUUUGCCGUUGAGUCUCAGCAAUCCAUCAAAGCAGCACAGGGCAGCUACACGUGGCACUACUCCUUCUCCCAGCCAUCCUCCACGUCAGCAUCAUCCACGUCAUCCAGCAGCUCUGACAGUGCAUCCUCCUACUCGGUUCCUCCCAACAUUGCUGUCAUCUCGAUGCAGGAGCUCUCACCAAGCAAUGUUGUCCUGAGACUAGCCCACCUGUAUCAACCUGGGGAGCAUGCUGCCUGGUCUCGUCCAGCUCAAGUGGACCUUCAAAGAUUGUUUGCAGCAAAAAAGAUUCAUGAGGUUACAGAGCUGAGUCUGAUGGCCAAUCAGAAACGAGCAGACAUGCGACAGCCUCUUUCCUGGCGAGUGGAGGGCGAGGAGGGAGUUGAGGGAGCAGGUGAUGAAAAUAGGCCGGCUCAAGAAUCGUUCGUUGAUCCUGCUUCUCUUGUUGUGGAGUUGGGGCCUGCAGAAAUUCGCACAUUUUCAAUCAGGCUGCAAGGUAGUACAUGA